GGAAGCGAGAAGCGAGAAAUCAAACUUGUGAGCUCUGCAUGGGGACCUGCAUGCAUCAACCGCAUUGCAGCGGUUGCUAAAAGCGCCACUGCUGUAGCGAACGUUUUGGAGCCCAUGGACAGGCUUCUUUUAAGGAGGCCCGGCAGAAGUGGUGACACAUUCUGUAUAUUACUAUGCUUUAAUGGGGACGUUUUAGGAAAACCGGAAUCAGAUGAACUGCAGAUCAACACACUCUGCGACGAUUACGGAACGAGUAUACAUCCUCUUCCUUGCCGGUCAGAAAUUGAUCAAGCGGCCUCGUGGUCUGAACAGUCUUUUCAAGGAUCGCCUUGGAAAUACUGACCAGAUCUCAACUUGUUCCACAUGCCAAAGGACUUGCCAGAUUCGUCUGGAACCAGAACACUGUAAUGCCUGUAAGAGUACAAAGAAGGAAAACCUGACAGAGCUUGCAUGUGACUUGGUGACUAUUGAUGUAGCCGACCGAGUACCAAGCGUUGGUCGGACGGAUAAAAUCGCCUGAUGUUAUCCAGGUUCAGUCUGAGACCGCAGUCGAUACGAACAUAAACAAGGAUGAAGGGCCAU